GAUAGUACGGGUCUGUGAUCUGCUUUCAUUUCUGUUCAUGGAGCUGACACCGCCCACCAGGCUGGAAUCGAAACUUAUGUUAGGAGUUGCCUCAGAGUCUCAUUUUGUCUUCCAUUUUGAGUCCACAGCACUUGGCAGCAGACCCGCACCAUCCAUCCAACCCGGACAAUGGCUUUCCAUCAGCAGUCACCAUUUUAUAACCCAAGAAUCCCCUUCACUGGAUCUAUCCACGGUGGUCUGCAGGAGGGCAAGUCCAUCAGCAUCAGUGGACGCGUGCUGCCUGGAGCCGAUAGGUUCCAUGUGAAUCUACAGUGUGGUUCCAAGACCAAUGCAGACAUUGCCCUCCACUUUAACCCCCGGUAUGACAGUCACCCUGGUUAUGUGGUUGCCAACACCUUUCAGUAUAGCAGCUGGGGCAGUGAGGAGAGGAAUUAUAACUCUCCAUUCCCUGCUGGCUCCGCCUUCAACCUGCUCAUCACAGUCACCCGUGAAUCCUACCAGCUGAGCAACAAUGGUUGCCACUUUAUGGAGUACAGACAUCGCAUCCCGUUUCACCAGGUGGACACCAUCGCAGUGGGCGGGAAAAUAGAAGUUUCCUCCAUUGGCUUCCAGAGCUCUAUGCCUGCAUUUGGUUCACAAGUAGCCUGUCCCACAAUGGGUGCCUUCCCGUCUGCUCCAGGGUUUCCACCUCAGCCUGGAUUCCCGGCAAUGCCUGGAUUCCCAUCGCAGCCUGGAUUCCCGGCAAUGCCUGGAUUCCCAUCGCAGCCUGGAUUCCCAUCGCAGCCUGGAUUUCCUCCUGCAAUGCCUGUUGUUCCGUACAACAGCGUCAUCAGUGGUGGACUUUCACCUGGCAGGACCAUCACUAUCCAGGGAACAGUUCACCCCAAUGCCACAAGAUUUGCUGUGAAUCUUUGCCAUCAGUCCGGCACCGCUCUGCAUUACAAUCCACGCUUCAACGAGAACGUCGUGGUUCGAAACGAGAAGAGGAGGGAGCAGUGGGGCUCUGAGGAGCGUGGCGGAGGGAUGCCCUUCCGUAAAGGACAGCCUUUCACGCUGACCAUCUGCUGUGAGAAUCAAGCCUUUAGGAUUGUGGUCAAUGGGAUGCAGGCACACACCUUCAAGCAUCGUUUCACUCACCUCCACCAAAUCAGCUCCCUGGAGGUCAAUGGUGACAUCAGUCUGACAUCUGUGAUUGUGUAGAGAUACAGGACCUGUGGCUGCCCUAGAUAUCUCACACAUAAAAUGCUUUCACUGACCACAACUAUUGCAUUUAUGAAUAAAUUCAUGCUACUUGAUUAUUUGUAUGUACUGGAUGAUGUAUAUUUGCCUUCUUUGUAUUCAUACUGCAAAUAACCACUCAUUUUAUAUGCUAAGUAUUUCCUGGAAUCAAAGGGAAAAAUCCACCAACAAUAAAUAGCAGGUCUGUGUAGGUAAUAAAUGCAGUUCAGUCUGAGCUGACCACUGAACUGCAGUAGUCUAGAGUUUGAAAAUUAUGAAUAUUGUUGUGUGACCAUUUGAAAUCUUGAAAUUAAACUACAGUGUGAUGACGUG